CGAGGGGAACCUGGUAGGAGGUGUCGGUGGCGCGUCACAGUCUGGUCCGACGAUCGCAACUGCGACGGUAGACGGGCCAGUAUCACCAUUAACAAUUCGUCACUGACUGAGGAACAAGAACGCGUCGCCACCAGAGCGUUCGUCCGCCGACGGUCGCGACUGCCUUCUGUCUCCUACAACAGACAUUGUCCACUGGUUUUUGUGCGUGUAUAGAAUAUAUCGACAACGACAAAAUGGUUUUCGAUGCCUCCAGGGAACAUUGGGCCGCAUUGCGACACUGAGUGUCGGCCGGAUAUGCAUUGUCAGUUUGGAUUUGGCGGCGUCGGAUCCAUGGGGGACAACAUUAGGAAGAAGACCACCAGCGACACGUUGCCCAAACCCGGAAAGGUCAACUCUGUGUGUAAAGAAUGGUUGGUCCACGAGGACAGCGCAUUGGCGUAUCAUUUACAAAAGUUGGAAGUCGACGAGCAUUACAGUGGCAAUCGUACACGAAAUGCUAUCGUUCGACAAGACUUGCCUACAGCCAAGGAGGAACAGGAACGUGAGAUACGUGAAGCUGAAGAACGAUAUGGCGCAUACAUCAAAGAACAGGAAGAAAAAGAUCUCAAAGUUGCUAUGGAAUUAGCUGAAAAAUUAAAAAAAAAUAAGUAUACGCCUCAUGACAUUGAGAUUAAGACAAAUGCUGCUGGAGGUAGACCUGGGAUAUUAAAAAAACACCGUCAACCCGAAUCUACUAAAAGUUUUACAGUUGAGUCCAAUGAAUACACUGAGUUUGAUAUUGAUGACAUUUUGCAUGACAUUGAUUAUGAAGAAGAGGUCAACCGUCGAAUUCAAGAACAAAAGGAUGCUGAAUUGGCCAAGCGAUUACAAGAACAAGAAGGUCGUCCCUUGACAAUUGAAGAUAGAGAUAGACUAAUUGCUAUUGAAACACAAGACUGUGAAUUGGCUAAGCUUUUACAAGAAAAAGAAAAAGCGCGACUGAGGAGAGCUCGUGAAAAAGCAAAACAAAAAGCAUUACUUAAAAAGCAACAGCAGUUAGAAGAAUCAUCUGAAGUUGUAUCAAGUACUCAAGAACCUCUUUCUAAUAUUGCGAUUGCUAUUGAUCCAACUUACAGUUCAAGAAGAACAGAACUACAAGAUAUUUCUUGUGGUACUACUACUGCUCUAUCUUCAUCAUUAGACGAUGUUCCUCCAUACAUGCCAAUUCAAGGACAACGACGUAGUAAUCAUACAGAUAAGAAAAAAAAGUCAAAGACUGAUGGUGUUGCAUCAUUUUUUAAAGUAUUUAAGUAAUUUUUGUGGGGGAAAUAUUUAAAAAUAAAAUGUGAUAUUUCUAUAUUCUAGAUUCUCAGUUUAACAGAGAAUGUAUUCAUAGUAAAUUCUUUAUUUAGUUAAUUUUAUUUAUCUUAAAAAUUAUUGUUAAUCAAAACCUGGUAUUCCACCAAUUUAUAAAACUGUGUUCAUUGUCAAACUGAACAUUUUUAAUACCUAAUUCAUGUAAACUGAAAUAACAAGUAUUUUUAGUUCAAUUUUUUAUUUUACCUGUUGGCUUUUGUCAAUUUUAUUUUUAUCGUCAUUAACUAUAAGUUCAUAUUAUACAAAAAUAGUUUAUAUUUUUUUACUAAUACUGUUCUUAUUGUAAUUAUGAAACUAAUUACAUUAAUCUAUUAAUAACUAUGGACUUAUGAAAAAAGAAAAUUAUAUGUACAGUGUUUUUAUUAUUUUUAUUGUUACACUUAUAAAAUAAACAAUUUUUGUAUUUUUAUACAACAA